GCACCGGGUCUUCGGCCAGCGCGGUCCUGAAGGGCAGGUGACCUGCAUGGCUGCUUUCGGCGCGGCCACCAGCAAGUUUGGCUUGGUUGCCAUUGGCUGUAAGAGCGGCACGGUGCAACUGUUCCGGGCCCAGGACCUUCUCCAAGAAAAGCAGACUCCUGUGACCCUCAAUGCAGCUGAGGAGCCCCCGCAAGGCACCCAGGAGGUGACGUCCCUGGAGUUUUUGGAACAGGGGAGCCGGGUCGUGCUCUUUGCCUGCACUUCGAAUGCCGUUUGCUCCUGGCAAGUUUGCGAUCAAAAUGGUGGCAAUCAGGAGCUUCGGCUGUUGAAUGCAGAUUCGACUGGGGGCGCUUCGGCCGGCUGCACUUGCAUAUUCCCCGGAAUGAAUGCAUUGCUUGUGGCAAAAGCAGAUGCAGUUUUUGCUUACGAUCCACAAGAGGGCAACAUGUCGGCGAUGCCUCUGGAUGGCGAGAAAGUGAUCUUGAAGCGCUUCAAGUCAUACUUCGCUGUCGUAACGGCUGAUAGCGCUGCUCUGCCGGCAUUCUCAUCGACGCCAUCAUCGAUGCCGAAGCAGACG